CCCGCGAAUCGGAGGGUGUGUGGCUCUUUGCGGAAAGAUGGGACAUUAACUUGAAUAGUUUUUUCCUCCUGGCCUCAAAUCCAUCUUUCUUUGCUUGUUUGCAUCUAUUGUACCGUGUUUAUUCGUUAUUCUGUCAUUUUUGGGAUUUCUCUUCUACAAAAAACGCUUUGUAGAACAAAUUUAAGGUUGUUUCCGGUUGAACUUCGUGGUUUCCAGUCUGUGCAUGUUAUCCAUCUGCGGGCUGAGAAGCUGACAUUAGGUUAAGGAUGAGGAAGAAGCUGCUGCUGGAUGUGGACUGUGGUGUGGACGAUGCGCAGGCCAUCAUGAUGGCCCUGGCCGCCCCAAAUGUGCAGGUCGUGGGCAUCACCUGUGUGCACGGAAACACCUCAGUGGAGAAUGUGUGUAAAAACGUGCUGCGAGUCCUGCAAGCCUGCAAUCGCUUGGAGAUUCCAGUGUUUAAAGGUGCUGCUAAGCCGAUUCUUGGUGACAGCGGCAUCAGUGCGGGCCACUUCCAUGGGAAGGAUGGCCUGGGUGACGCUCCGGACUGCAACGCUCCGGGUCUGGAGUUGGUUCAGAAGGAAAACGCGGUGACUGCUAUAAUCAGGAUUGUAAACGAGAACCCAGGAGAGGUAUCUCUGGCUGCCACAGCACCCCUCACCAAUUUGGCUCUGGCUAUGAGGAUGGAUCCAUCUCUGCCGAGCAAACUCAAAGCCCUCUACAUUAUGGGAGGCAACACUGAAUCCCGAGGAAACACUACAGUGUGUGGCGAGUUUAAUUUUACUGCAGAUCCAGAGGCUGCAUACGUCGUGCUAAACGAGUACCACUGCCCCACCUACUUGGCUUGCUGGGAGUUCACCUGCCACAGCAUGCUGUCCUGGGAGUUCUGCGAUGAGUGGUUGGCGCAGGAAACCAGUAAAGCUCACUUCAUGAAAAAAAUCUUCCGCUACAGCUACGAGAUAUCACAAACUGAACACUUCCAGAAAGAGUUCGUCGCUGGUUCGGGUUUCAUUUCCUGCGACUCGUACGCCGUGGCCGCAGCCAUAGAUGAUUCGUUCAUCAUAGAAAGCGACUAUUAUCCAGUUAGCGUGGAGUUGACAGGCACCCACACCAGAGGCAUGAUGAUAGUGGACACUGUGGGUUUCCUGAAGAAUGCUCGCAAGGUUUUUCUAAUGAAGAAGGUGGACUUGGAGAAGUUCAAGCAGAUGAUGAUGGCAGCUUUACAGUAACAGCUCGCUCACUCCAUUUGAAAUCAACCAAAUCUUGA